GAGUAAACAACAAGCUGUCGAUAAAUUCGCGAAGUAAACAACGAUGCAGCGGCGCGAGGAUGUGCUGAGACAGGCGCUUGACAAAAAUGCUCAUGAAACGGAACGUUGGCAAGCAUACAAAGCGGACAAUGAGGUGGCGAUGAAGAAUCUCGAAAUCUUCUCUAAAAAUCUUAGCGUCGAGGUUAUGGUGCCAAUCGGCAAGAAGGCCCUAAUGCCGGGCGAAUUGAUACACACCAACGAACUGCUUGUGGGCCACUAUCAGGGCUACUUUUCCGCUUGCUCGGCCCAUAAGGCCCAGGAGAUAUGUCAGCACCGUCUUCGUCUAGCCGAAGAGCACCUAAACAAACUUCAAGUGGAGGCGGAUCUAUGGCAAAACAAUCUAGAAACACCUGUACUGCAAGGUGCUGUGCCAAGCUCAGAUGAAAUUGAAAUUGUUGAGGAGUACAACGAGGCGGAACACAAAAAUUGGCUAAGGGAACACAAGGAACGCGUGCGUAGGGAAAAGCAGGAAGAGCGCGCACAGCGUGAAGCACAUGCCAAUGCGCCAGAUGAUCUUUUCCAUAACCUGGAGGAAUCUGAAAUGUUGGAGGAGCUUGGCCUCGAUCCGGACAAUGUCAAUAAACAGACGCUAAUUGAUAUGAUCCAAACUGAGAUUAAAAUUGACAAACCUGAAAGCAAUAACUGUGAUAAUGAAAAUUCAACAACUAAAACGGAUACGGAGAUAUUUGACAUAUUAGCUAAACUGGAAGCGCAGGAGCAGCUUGAGGCAUCCGAAUUGGACGAGGAGUCUGAGCAAAAUCUGCAAAGCACCAACGAGCUCGUGCGUAAUCUAAUGAAGGGUGAAACUCAGGUGACAUCGGCAAAACAACGCAUAGCCAGAGCCGAAAACAAUGUCAACAAAUUAAAUGAAGACCUGGCAACAAAUAAUGAAAAUGACAUGGAGGAGGAGGAGGAGGAGGAGGAAGAAUCAGAUCUACCGGAGGAAGUAAAACUAAUACGACAACAAAUGGCAGUAUUGCCCAGGGAGGAACGAGAGCAGUUUUUGCAUUCGCAAUUGCAAGUUAUAAAAGCGAAAAUGCGUAAAAUACAAAAGAUAUCGUUCAUCAGUGACGAGCUCACGCAUUUGAUGAAUGUGGUUGUUUGCCUAGAGGACGAUUUGCAGGAAAUGUUGUUUGAGCAAAACGAAGCGGCCAGCACUGAGGAACUGUCAGAGGAUGCUGAAUCGCUGCCCGAUUUGGUUGAUAACAAAAAGCGACGCAUUUCCUUUGCAGAAUCCGACGAGCAGCUGUUCUUCAAACAAGACGAAACUGUGGCCGAAAUGCUGGCCAAGGGCAAGCAACAACAACGUGAAGUAAUUCAAUUGGAUGCACCACUGCAGCCAGCGCAGCAAGAAAGCAUCUUGGAGGUGCCAGCAACGGCCACGAGUCCACAAAUCAUGCAAAAAGUUGAACGAAAUCGGGAAUUUGUGCAGGAAAAUCAGAGCGUGCAAGAUUUUGAUUUGGUCAAUAAAAUACUUGAAGCCUCCACGGGACGCAUUAAUACACUACAAAUAAGCUUUAGUCAUUCCGAUGCGCCAAGUGCCUCAAUGCAGUUCGAUGAUACAUCGAUUCCUGGUAAUCCAGCGCACUUCUAUCAGCUGUACAAACGAGCCCUGGCCGAGGCGCAGGCCGAGCAAUCGUUUCCUAUAUAUAUCAACAGUUUUGCGGGCGAGGACGAGCUGAAGGUGCCCAUACUUAAAGAGGAGGAGCGAGCGGCGGCCUACGAUGAUCCCCGUGCUCAGUUUUCAAAAUUCCCGGCGACUAUGGAAGCCACCGAAAAAAGUGAAGAUCCGGCAGUUACCGAAACUAAAUCGAUAUUACGCAACAAAUCGGCUGUGGAACGAGAAGUUCGUGCUGUUGUCGAAGAGCCAAAACCAAACAAGUCCAAGAAAAACAGAAACCGAAAGAAUAAAAAACCACGCACCAUUGAUGAUGAUCUGCGCGACAUGAGCGCGUAUCAGAAAGUCAUGCAGGAUCUGGUCGAAAAGGAGCCGACGGCGCCGGAGCCACUGCCCGAGGGCAAAUAUGUAGAAACGCAUGCGCCCAAGAAGCGGAUCAGUCGCUUUAAAGAGCAACGCUCCAUGAACAAAACAUAAUGGUACACAUAAUGGU